UGAUUGAACAUCUACUGCCCUUCCAGCAUUUCAAAUUCAAUCAAUGUUAAAAUCUGAUAGAUUUCUCACUGAAAAUAUACCUCAAAAAAGGUAUAUAAAUGAGUCCUAUGAAUAUAGACAAUCUAUAUACAAGUGUUGUGCUCUCCCCCAUAUUACAAAGACACAGACCUUAAUUAAUCCUAUUUGUGUCAGAUCUUACAGAUGAACC